AUAUAUGACCCUGCGUGUGUUGUCUUCUGCAAUACCACCAAGAAAUGGUUCUGCAAUGGGCGAGGCAAUACUUCCGGCAGUCAUAUAGUCAAUCAUUUAGUUCGGGCAAGGGCCAAAGAAGUCACGCUUCAUAAGGACGGUCCCUUGAAGGAUACUCUUCUUGAGUGUUACGUCUGUGGCUCUAAAAAUGUUUUCCUUUUAGGCUUUGUUCCUGCUAAAUCAGAGUCGGUGGUUGUGCUCUUAUGUCGAUAUCCAUGUGCAAACCAGAACAAGAACAUGUAUUGGGAUCCUACUCAGUGGCAGCCUUUGAUACAGGAAAGACAGUUCCUUCCUUGGUUAGUGAAGGUUCCUAGUGAAGAAGAACAGUCGAAGGCAAUCCAAAUAAGUGCACAGCAAAUGAAUCGCUUAGAAGAAAUGUGGAAGGAUAAUCCAACAGCAGCAAUACAAGAUUUGGAAAAGCCGGGAAUCGACGAAGAAAUUAAUCCUGUUCUUAUCAGGUUAAAUUCUUACUUAAUUGUUAUUCUUAGAUAUGAGAGUUCACUUCACUAUCGCGAUACGUUUACGCCUCUUGUUAAAUUGGAAGCUGCAUAUGACAAGAAGAUUAAGGAAUCGCUUAAGUUGGAAAAAGUCAUGAUACGUUGGGACACUGGCUUGAAUAACAAGUUGGUGGCUUAUUUUCGCAUACCAGGAGCAAAUGAAGAAGCCCUGAAGAAACUUGGACGGAUGUUGGGCAUGUCAUUAAAAUUCCGGAUAGUAAGUACAUAUUGCCACUUGUUACUCUCUUUCCCAAUCUCAGAUGUCAGUGAGGAGGUUGUCCUGGAGAUGAAACGCCCUGCCGAUUCUGCGCCUACCGAUAUAACAACCGGCUAUGUUGUCGAGUUUAAGUGGAAAUCUACUCCAUUUGAUCGUAUGAUCAGUGCAAUAUCCGGAGUCCGAGAGGAUCUCUUAGAUCUGGUGCCCAGCUAUAUAUUUUACCGAAUUUUAGGGCACGAGAUGGAUGACAUGGUCCUGAAAUGUAAUCUACCCAAGCGCUACUCAGCUCCUGGUCUCCCCGAGUUAAACCAUAGUCAGGUAUUUGCUGUAAAAACGGUCCUCCAGAGACCUCUCAGUCUGAUUCAGGGCCCGCCUGGAACAGGUAAAACUGUCACCUCUGCGACAAUUGUAUAUCACCUCAGCCAAAUUCAUCAGAAAAAAGUUUUGGUGGUUGCUCCUAGCAAUACAGCGGUUGAUCAAUUAUGUGAUAAAAUUGACAAAACCGGACUCAAGGUUGUUCGUCUGUGUGCAAAGUCUAGAGAAACCUUGGCAUCUCCCGUCAGCCGCCUCGCAUUACAUAUUCAGGCUCAGAAUGUGAAAGGACACACUGAAUUGCGCAAACUUCAACAACUUAAGGACGAAACAGGGGAACUUAGUCAAGUAGAUGAGAAGCGCUAUCGCAAGUUAAAGAAGGAGCUUGAGCGUAAGUCUUUAUCACCUUGUGCU